AUGCCAUUGUCAACCACACCAUUAGAUCUGUUAAGGGCAGGAAUGGGCCUGUCCCAGGUAAAACGACCCUGGUAUUUUUACACUGCUUGUUGGUCUGUCAAUGCCCAGAUUGAACUAAAUCCUGGACCCAGUACUUCCAAAUCGCAAUACUUAUGUGGUCACUGUGAAGAGGAAGUCACUUGGACCCAGAAGGGCAUUCUGUGCGACACCUGUGAACAAUGGUACCACACAGACUGUCAAGGUAUCGGAGACAGCACGUAUGAUCGUCUUUCUGACUCAAGGUCCAUAAAAAAUAAAAUCCCAGAUCUCCAUCAAUUAAUACAACAGGUCAAACCAGAUAUCAUCUCUUGUACGGAAACCUGGUUGAAACCAGAUAUCCAAACCUCUGAAAUCUUCCCCAAGGACCUAAACUUCCAGGUUUUCAGGGAUGAUAGAACCUCAGGCCAGGGAGGAGGUGUCCUUACUGCAAUCUCCAAACACCUCAUUUCUCAAGAAGAACCUGAACUGAAAACCAACUGCAACCUGUCCUGGGCGAAAAUUACUAUCAAAGGGGCCAAGGAUAUAUACAUUGGCACAUACUAUAAGCCCCACGAAAAUGAUGAGGACUCCCUCACAGAGUUAUGGUCAUCCCUUUCUAAAGUACCCCAAGACAGUACAAUUUGGUUACUCGGUGACUUCAAUCUACCUGAUAUAGAUUGGUCAUCUGAGGUCCCCAAGUCCAAAUGCAGAUUCAAGGAAAUGUAUGAGGACUUCAUUGAUAGGAUAAAUUCCUUUAAUCUACAGCAAAUGGUCAAGAUCCCAACCAGAAAUGAGAAUAUUCUGGACCUGUUCCUCACUAACUUCCCUUCCCUAGUUCAAUGUACUAAAACAAUCCCUUGUCUAGGUUUAUCGUUCAGAAAAUGUAUUUCACGAACAAGAUAUUUUCAAGGACAAGUUGUCACAUACCUUACAAACUCAUCACGGCGUGUAUGCGGCCGGCCGCCCGAUGCUGUGAUAAAUAUAGAGGAUGGAACAGUCAUGUGUGCAAAAAACAGAGGAAUUUAUAGCGCAAAUGGUGAAGUGCUAACCUUUUAUCUUUCACGCUUACUGCGUACGAACAAUGUUCCAAUAGUAAUUCAUGUUAGAACAAAUGCAACGUCGAAUUUCUGGAGACAUGUAAACUAUUCGACACUUUCAUGGGAAGAAAAUCAACUUGUGUCAUUAAUUGAGUGGAUCAAUGAUAGUUCACUUUCGAAAACAAGGCUCCCCCCUUUGAUAUACAAUGCUUUUAUGAAAGGAGAACCUAUCACUGCUAACAUAAUCAAUACCUCUAAACUUUUAGACAGAACUCCUGCUGGAAUAGCUGAAAUUGUACAGUGGGGGAAUAUGAUAUUGCUUGACUUUUUAACUGCCCAUAGCGACAGGCAUGUCAACCUUCAUAUUGCAGACGAAAAAAGUAAGCAUCCAAGAAUUACUUCAAAUUUUACACGAAACCUAAUUCAUACUCAAGAAGGAAAACUAUGGUUGAUCGACAACGAAAGGACACUGUACCAGUCAUUUUUCGGUAUUAAAUGUGCAAAUAACACUUGUUUACCUCGGCGUAAAGUUCUUGAACGUUUGCUAAAAACAAUUUGUGUUUUUCAAAAACCAGUAGUUGAAGCACUGAUGCACCAUCUAAGAAAAGGUUCAGUUUUUAAAACGCUUUUGUCGCUUUCUGCGUCAUAUCAGUUUCUUGAAAACAAUCUGGAAAUAGAUGACGAAUACAGCUUAAUUGAAGAUAUACUAGACAACAGAGCAGCCAAAGUAGUAUACUGGAUACAGAACUGUCAAAAAAGAAUUUAAACAAAAUUAUAACAUAUUAGAUAUUAAAGAAAUGGCUUGAUUUUCGAAUUCACAUAUUGCAAUGAAAAAAAAAUUACAAGAAUCAGUUUUUGAAGUUUUGUUUCACUUUUGUCUUUGGUCUUUGUUCUCUGUUGUUAUAUUAUUAUACUUGUUCUUACACAAAUAGAUAAAAUGAAAGUUUAUAUAAAGAUUUUGAACAUGACUAUUAUAAACCUUUUUAACCUAAUUCUACUAGCCGGGGGCCUCCGUGGCCGAGUGGUUAGAGUCGUUGACUUCAAACCAUUUGCCCCUCAUCGAUGUGGGUUCGAAACCUCAUUUGGGGUGUAGAAUUCUUCACGUGAGGAAGCCAUCCAGCUGGCUUACGGAAGGUCGGUGGUUCUACCCAGGUGCCCGCUCGUGAUGAAAUAGUGCACGGAGGGGCACCUGGGGUCUUCCUCCACCAUUUAAGCUGGAAAGUCGCCAUAUGACCUAAAAUUGUGUCGGUGCGACGUUAAACCCAACAAAAUAAAUAAAU